GGGAGCAGGCGAGGACCGACCGCUUAGACGGGAGGCGAGAGUUCGAGAGGAGAGGGGAGGGGAGGGGAGGGCAGGAGCGGAGCAGGGACGGGAUGGGACGAGAGGCGAGGCGGGGAGUGCAGUGAGCGCGGGGAAUCGACGAGAGGCGAGGGAAGGGAAGGGAAGGGAAGGGAGGGUGAAAUUGAAGUGGCCUGAACUGGAGUCGACAGAAGGGGAGGGGAGUGCGGGGGAGGAGGGCGAGAUGGAGGAGGAAGAUGAGGUUGCGAUCGCCAGUGGUACGACGUGGAACGUAGUGGAAGGUUGCUUGGAGAGAUCGUUGGGCAUUGCCAGAGAAAAUGAUGAAGUGGAGACCCCCAGCCCUACGAGCAGACUGGUCCUGGUGCCGCCGUCAGGAGAAUCUGUACCCUGCGAGCUUACAGUCACGUUCCAGCGGAGAUUAUGUAAUGUACGCCAAAUUUAUGUGCUCAGUAGCGCACGAACUUUGGAAAUAUACAGUGAGUUGGAGCAAGAUGGUGAAUCGGAGUAUGUCACAACUGUUCGUGGGGAAUUAGUCUCCUUUCCUGAGGAUGACGUUUCAGCGAAAAGGACGGAGGAUGGGCGACGAAGUUCCUCCCAGUCUUCCGAGAAACUCAGAGGAGAAGAUGGUGCCUCCCGGCGUGUGUCUUUGGCUUCCAGCGACGAAACUGAAAUGAAGUCCACUGAAGAGGGUGAUCAAACUCAUAAUCCAGUCAAGGUAGAUAACGAGAUGUUGGCUGGUUUGUGGAAGGAGCAAUAUCUCAACUUGAAUGGACCUUCAUCGGGCGAAAACAGAGAUUCGGAAGAAGAGUCAUUUCAAAGUUUAUCAGAUGACGUAGCUGGGAAGAUGGUCGAAGGCAACAUCACUUUUGAUGAGCCUCUGGAUCAAACUGACUGGGUCGAAUGUCCACACAGCCCAAUGAAGAGCAGUGCCCUUAGUAGCGAUGACGAGGUUGACUUCAACAAAUGUGGAUUCUUCUUAGUGGAUUCUGAUGGUGGAAAGCAAGCCGUUCACCUUGGCGGUAGUGAGCUGCUAAGUGGGGAAGAUGAAGCAGCAGUUUUUAAGAUGGACGCUGUAUCAGAUUCCAGUGGCUGGAGCAAGAAAGAGGAGAGUGUGGGACAAGUUCAGACUGGCCAGGAACAAAGCGAGCUCCCUGCAGCGCCGUCGAUUGAGGUGGUAAUCGAAACUGCCGUCCAGAGCGACAAUGUCUCAGUUCUCAGGGAUGUACCAGAUGCUGAGAGUCCAAGAAAGCUUAGUGAUAUUUCUUAUCAUAGUGAUCGGCAGGCGUUGGAGAAGGCCUGCUUUACAGAUUUGGGAAAUAGUACCGGAGAGACGAAGGAAGUGUUCCUGUUUCAGAUUCCUAUGUUUGAAGCUGAAGUGAAUCUCGCUAGCUCAGACUUCUGGAGAUCGGUGAAAAUUCGCCUUCUUUCGUUAGAGGACAAGUCGAAGUUGGAAAUUCAUAAGGUGAUUGUCACUAUAGUACCUGGACCUCCAGUUCUCCCCACGUCUAAGAUAUCUGGUUCUUCUGGAUCCUUUCAGCAAGGUGCGGGAUCGUCAUCCCUUCUGGCAAUGUUCGCUCCAGGCAUUUUUCAGAUGGCUCGAGGACUGGCAGAGUCGCGUAAAGUCAACUCAUUAAGACAGUUGUCAGGUGAUACUAAACUACCUGAUAUGAAGGUCUCGCCUUCUACAGAUUCUACAAACGCAAGCCUGUCGGUACACGGCGCAGAACUUUCAAGCCAGCAACUCAGAGCUUCUGGAACAGCUCCAUCUUUGACGGGAUGCAUCAGCCCAGAGAAGUACGAUAAUUAUUUUAGAGAAAAGGAAGCUGCCCCUGCGUUCUGUUCCAACAGUGUGAGUAAGUCGUUAGAGGAGUCUUGCAGAACAGGGAUGGGUUCGAUGAAGGACUCUUGUUUCCCUGUGGUCCAUAACGGGGAGUCAGCGGCUGAAUCUGACCUGUCUGAUGUGAUAGAGACUGGUGAAACGAAGAAUAGCCAACGUGAGAAGGUAAAAGAAUCUUACCAUUUCAAAGAUGAUGAUACAGAUCAAGAGGUUCUCCAACGAUUGGAUAGGUUGGAGGCGAUCUGUCUUCGCAUGGAAAAUUCCUUGAAUUUUACUCUUGAGAACAUGGACAGACGGCUCAAGCUGCUGGAGGCAGGUGGUGUCGGGAGGAUACCUGUUACUGGACAGCCUUUCUGGGGAGCAGGAUACGAAUCAGGUCCAUUCGUCUCGGCCGCUUCUGUUAAUCUUCCUCCUGUGCAAACAGGAUUAAGGACAGGUCCUUCUUUGGACAAACAAGCACACGGCUGUACAUCUGUACCGGUCGACGCACAUGCGGGACAACUCUCGUCACAGGGUCAUGCAACUAGGAUAGCUCCUUUCUACCCUGGCCUUCUGUCAUCUACGUCGCCUUCCUUGCUGUCAUCUGUAUCACCAGCUUUGCCAUUGUGGCCAAUUUCAUCACCGAAGCACUUGUCACCGGAAUCAAAAUCCUGUGCCUCGAGUACAACUACUUCUACGCUUAGCAAGGAUACUCAUGUGCAUCAGUUGAAUGGCUCCUCUAAUGGGCUUGAUGCUCCAAUCAAUGCAGAGGAAACCUUCUGGGAGACUCGAACAUCUGAUGAUUCGGGAAGUGAAAUGUCCUCAGACUCCGAACAUACCUCCUAUGCAGACAACUCCGAGGAUCCUGGCCCGUCAUCUUGUCCUGAGUCCGUGUCGUCUUCGCCUGCUAAACCAGUUGAACUGGUAGAGAAUGCCUUGGCUUCUGCUCUGUCAGCGUUCUCAGCUUCGUUCGAUGCUGCUGUUGUGAUAGAAAAAGAAUCAUCUCCUAGGGAAGAGGAAGACACUGCGGCGGAAGAUAGUUUCAGUACCAGUGAGGAACAUGGGCCUUUAGUUGAUGUUGAUUGCUUUUCGCAUCCGGCCGCGGACGAAAUCAAACAUUCGAAAGCAGAGGAUUUAUUUAUGCAGGGUUAUGAAGCGAUUCCCAUUUCGGUUGAGAAGGGGUUGGGUGAUUUGAAUGUGGGUGAACUUAGCCAGGAGGAUGUUUUCUGGGCUUCUGAGGUUGGAGGACAUGACAAGUCAAGCCAGAUAGACUGGCAGGAUCAGAUGUUGCAAACUCAAGAAGAGAAUGUCUACUUUCCGCGCAAGGUUUCUUCCGAAUCGGUAGGAAAGAGUCCAAAAACGUCUCACGCAUCUCCGGAUCUUCUCGAUUUUUCCAAUAUUAUCUCUAUGGAUGACUUGACGACCUACGAUCUUUUUCCUACCGAUUUUGAAAGGAUUCUUCGAGAGGAUUCGAGAACAGAGUUGACUGAUGCCGAGCGCUCUGAAGCAGGCUUUCAGACCAUGAAGCAUGAUAUGUUACCCAAUCCUUUUCUGCAGGAACUAUCCUUUGAAGGUGAUGGAGAUGUCACUGCUGCAGAGGUAUCAUGGUUGGAAGAGUGGAACGAGAAGCAUCCGGCAAGUGGAGAUAAUGUGACACUUACGUAUAUGACAGUCAGGGGUUUCACUAAGCCUCUUGACCCAGUCAAAGAGAUGCUCCUGCAAGAGGAAAUGUUUCCGGAGGACUGGAACUGGUUCACCUCGGAGGGUCUUCCAUCUCCAAGCGUGAGAGAGAUUCCAGACCCUAUCUCAGGAAAUGGAUCAAACAUACCAGAAGCUACUUCGGCCGCAUUUGUACAUCUUAAUGUUGAGGACGAUGCUCCAGACAAACCCCCUUUCAACAUUGAACGUCGUUCUCUACUUGAUACGGAUGAACCCACUGUGGCUGCGAAGUUUCAUGCGGAUGUGUGUUACGACGACUGGGUUGGACAGAAAACUCAUUGGUCUUUAUUGGAUGAGGAUCCUCCAGUGGCCUCGAAUGAGGAGAUAAAAUCGCCUGAAGGGCGCUCAGAUGACUGGUUUCGACAGAGAGCGCAGAGGUCUUUACUAGAUGAGGAUAUGUACAUUCCUUCUAAGAAUAUCUUCAUUGGUGAGAGAGAAGGAAGUGUUAUGUCUCCAUGCGUUUCUCCAGAAGAACAAUACGACCUCUCGGGUGUCAUUAGGCCACCUAAGUGCACAGACGCAGAACGAUCACCAUCGUCUCACACUUCGAGGUCAAACCCGUUCGAAGACGAUUGCAAUGACAGGUUGGGCUUGAAGCAGGAAAACCAAAUUCCUCCUUUGAGAGACUUGCUUGAGGAUUUUGGCGAGGAGGUUCACGAGUUCGAGGCCCCUGAAUCCGAGCGCACCCAAUCACUUCUGUUUCACUUGAGCCUCUAAAUUGUACCGCUUUCUUUACAUAUAGCCAGUAACACCUCCAUUUCUACAUAUAGUUUGUGGGUUAGUUUGAAAAAUACGAGGAAAUACUGACAGUUCACAAUAAGAGAUGGUGAAGGAUAAAUUAUGUCAAUAUAUACGCCAUCCAAGCAAGUAGGUCUUGCUAUGUGUAAUUAAUUUCUACCAUAGGCACUGGAUAUAUUGGGAGCGGGCUUGCCUCAAUCUUUAAGUGUGAAUAUGCGAGGUAAGAUUGUCCCUUACGGAGGAAAAACCAUGUCUCUCAAGUCAAUAAUGUAAAUAUGAUUCAUUCUCUUAUCAGAAUUUUGUAAGUGUACAGUCUUCCCACGCU